GUUGACUGUUCGUUCUAUGCUAUUUAUAAAAUCAAUAAAGCAAUUGCAUUAAUAAUAAAAAUAUUUCAAGCCAGGUGAGUUGAAAUGAAACGUAGGUAGGUACCUAUGUAAGUAUUUAUGUAAGUCUAGCAGCGAGGUAAUCUUAUGUAACCUCCCACAGUAGAAACGUACAUACACUGCAGUUACCUAGGUAUAGUAUUAUAAAACUUUCUAAUGUAUAAUCUUAUACAUAUUCAAUGAAUCUGUGAAACUAAUCAGAAGCCAUAUGAUAAGUUAAAACCGAUUGGAUUGUUAAAACACUCUUUGUUGGGUAUCUUUUAGGAUAUGUAAUUUUGAGCAAUACGUCGAAGAGGCGGGAAAAAAUCAACUGUACAGGAAUUAUUGUACCUGCCAUUUUGCUAUUUAUUUAGGUAUUCCAAUUAUGAAACAGUACAAAUAAUAGCAAAUUAAGCGUUCAAUUUAACUGGCAUUUUAACAAUGCAGCAUGUACGGAGGAAUAAGAAAUCUUGUCAAAAAUUCAUAUUAGGGACGGCCCUUUAUAUAUUCGUUGUAUUGUUACUAUUGUUUAUAGUAAUAUUUAUAAUUCUACCGCUGGUAUUUAAAUAUAGUAUUGGAAUACAAAGAAGUUUAGUCUUUCCAACAUGGGCCAUUCCUCCCGGUAUGAAUUACUCAGAUAUCGAUCACUUUGGGAUAGAAGGGGUGAAAAAUUUCUAUAUCACCGUAAACCACAACGAAAAUCUGACCUCCGAUGAUGACAAUCAAAACGUAACGUUGGGCGUUUGGCAAAUCCUUCCACUGGAAAUUUUAAGUGAUGUUAUUAAAAACGAAGACUAUAAUUUUGACGGUGUUUUGAGUAAUGGAAAAUACGAUAUUUUGCUUUAUUUACAUGGAAACGGACACGAUAGGUCAGCCAUUGUGGACAAAUAUGUAAUUUUGAGAAAAUAUUUUCAUAUAUUCGCUGUUGACUAUAGAGGUUAUGCUGAUUCGACUAAGGCCGAAUUAACAGAAACAAACGUAGUUAACGACAUUACGCAAGUCUAUGAAUGGCUUGUAAAUCGAACGAAUUCAAAUAUAUUUGUAUGGGGCCACUCCCUUGGUACGGCUGUAGGUACACAUCUUACGGCUAAUUUGAAAAAAAAUUACAUUUUUCCUAAAGGGUUGAUUUUAGAAACCCCCUUUACGUCUAUUACUGAUGUUAUGGGAAAACAUCCUUUUGUAAAGUCCUUCUAUGCUUGGCUUCCAUGGUUCAGAACAACGAUAAUACAACCAAUGAUAGAUAAUGAUUUUGAUUUCGACUCACAGAAAUAUAUUGUGGACGUCGAUUGUCCGAUUAUGAUUCUUCAUGCAAAGGAUGAUACCAUUAUUCCCUACUCUUUUGCGACUGAGCUAUACAACACUGCUGUUAAUAAUAGGAAUUAUACUUACCAAGGGAAUGUUACUUACUACCUUUUUGAUGAAGUAGGUUAUGACCAUAUGUUAAUUCACACAGCUCCUGAACUGCCGGGUUAUUUAGAGAAUUUUGUGGACUCUUCCAUUAAAUUUAGUUUAUCAAAGCAAAUUGAAAGAAAGGAUGCUGAGCGCAAGUUGUAAUUUCUCAAAUCCAUCAUUUUUUUUAAUUGGGACCAAAGUAAAUGGAGCAGUACUAAAAUAAAUAUUUAUUUUCCUCUAUUCAAAUUACCUUUAUCAAGAUCAUUGUUACCAUACUGUGUGAAAAAUUUUUGUUUUCCGUCGAUGAUGCUCCUUAUCGAAUCUCAUUGUUUUUAGAGAGAAUUUAAAUAUUGUGAUAUUAUUUGGAGUAAUGGUUUUUUUUAAUAAGUAAUAAAGAGUUUGUUACUAA